UAGGACAAGAAAUAAGCUCCUUCUCCACUUCGGUAGGGUCAAGCAAACAAGAAAAGGGCGAUGUGACCUGGGCAUCCCUACUUACCGAUGCCAGUAAUGGUGGCCUAUACCCUAUAUUUAGAAAGCUUGAUGACAAUUUUAGAACAAGGUUCUACCAGAUUGAUAAGAUGAGUACAUGUUUAGAAUGUUGCUUCUACAUCGUAUGCACUAGCUCUACCCAACUCCAAGUAGUCAAAUGGGGCGUGCAUCCAACAUUACAUUCCCCCUUCGGAUAUCGUGGUCAGCUCUGUUUAGAGGCGGUUGGAGUGGCUGCGGUCAAAGGGCUUACAGAUGAAGAGGAAAGAUAUCGCUUCCUGGCUCGAUAGAGUCCAAACGGAACCGAACAUAAGCCCUCCCUCAACACAUACAGACGAGGAUUAUCGAAGGAGACGGCGCAAUAUAUCACGUAGCGGAGCAUCAAGUCCCAGAAGGUGGUCCAGACCUGUACAUACCGAUGAUGUCGACAGCCUAUCUACUGAUCUGACGGAUCGUACAAGAUUCGAUGCUCCCACUCGAAGCUCUGCACCAGCACGUCAACGAAGCCCUGUGCGAGAGCUUCUUAAUGAACUCCCCUUGUCAAAACCAUCAAUUAAUUGCAUUCGACCGAAGUCCAUCCCUCUUCCGGAUUUUGUGCUGUCUCUGCGGAAAACUCUAGGCCAUGACUUUGGCUCCAAGAUUAUUCCGAUUGGGUUGAGGACAAAAUCUACAAGACCCGGAAGGGGCUGUAGAUGUACCUGGCUUUGCCUGGGACGACACUACUGACUGGACUUCCGGGCAACUUGAAGCACUAUGGGAAGACGUGAUUGAUAUCUAUAGAGAGGCGG